GUUACUAUCUCUAGUGAUCGUGGCGAGGGCUGGAUUACGUGUGAAGUCUCAUUACGAUCUUUAGUGUCCUCCGUAAUCCCUCAGCGCCCUCUUUAAUUAACUAAUUUAUUUAUUUAUUUAUUUAGCAUCAGUGUAUAAACAUCCUAGCACCAGUUUGUCAACAUCUUAGCACCAGUGAUAGCCAAAGCUAUCUCCAAGAAAACAAAUAGCACCAGGAUGUUAAAGACUUUCUUUGUUGUGUCAACACAAUAACACAGCACUAGGGAAUCACCUACCUAGCGCCUGGGCUUCCGUUACUAAGCAUCAGGGACCCAAUAACAAAGCGUCAUGGCCCCAGCCUUAAUAACACAAGACUAUCAACCUAACUCUACGCCAAAGCGGCAACCUAACGGCCGGGUGGCGGCAACCAAGUUGAAGGCGGCCCACCAACACUCACCGGUGUGCUAGCCACUAUAACCAGCCGGACAUCCAUCAGCUGCCUACUACCAGCACGUUGCCAAGAGCGAAAAGAGAGUGACAUACCACCCGAGUUCAAUAGUCAUAAACACAGGGUCGGGAACCUACCAUUUGUGAGCUGUAAAGCCCAAGGAACACUACAGGAGAAGGUGCAGGUGUAGUGACCGACGAACACUGCAGGUGUGGUGACUGAGGAACACUGCAGGUGUGGUGACCGAGGAACACCGCAGGUGUGGUGACUGAAGAACACUGCAGGAAGUGAGACAUCAUGAAGCUUGGCGAAGGAGCCAGGCGGGUGGGGCAGCCAUGUUGGAGCCAUGAACAGUGUAGACUCUCUCAGGAAAACUCACACUGCACUUCUCUCGUUUGCACCUGUGACAGCGGGUUCCACCAGCAUGGGCACCGCUGCACGAGGAACCUUUGGGAGGACCUGGGACUGCAUCAGUGGGAACUGAUGCUGAUCGCCUUCUCCAUCACACUGGUUCUCCUCGCUGUCUUCCUGGGCUGUAUCUACUGCCUCAUAUCCAGACUGGCCAGGUACCGUCUGACAGUGCCUGCAGGCGAGUUGGUCCCCAGCAAUUUUCAAGACGGUGAACCUACCUGCAAGCGAGGAAGCAUAAAGAAAAACACUGUCAAGAGCAUUCGAGUCCUGGAGACUCAGCUCUUGAAUGAAACAACUGUGAAGAGCCAGAUGGUGGAGCAGAUAGCGCUGACAGGUCAGCAGGAGGGCAGAGAGUUGGUGCUUGAUGCAGACAAGCUGUGGCCUGCAUCGCUCACACUGCCAGCCACACAAUUCAUCCUUCCUCUUGAGUACCAACACAAAACCACUGGUAACAACGAACUGCCAGAGAGACUAGAUUUUCAGCCAAUGAAAAUGGAAAAUGGUAGUUUGUCUGGGGCAAACACAUCAAGCAUGUCACGUCAGAACAGCAGUGGAGGGUCGUGGUCAUCACGUGGCUGGGAGUCUCUUUCCACCGAGCCAGAGACCGACAGCUAUUUCCCCAGCUGGCGACAAUAUCGUGUUCCAGUUGCCUCUAGAAAUGCUGGCAGAGGGUACCGCCCACUGCUGUUGAAGACAUCAACUUUCUCUGAAAGUGAUGAGUCUACUUGAGCACCGCAGCCAUCUGGAUCAUUGCCACUCUUAUGAAACCACUUUAGUAGAAAUGUGG